GGCUCCGCCUUCUGGCUUCCUCCCGACUCCUUAACUCCCAGGGUUGCGGCCAGCGGACGCGGAUCUUCCGCGGGUCUUUCUCCGGCGAUGUAAGAAGUGUUGCUUGCGCCGCCUGCGCCGGAGCGCAUCCCCCGCGGCCGCGGAACGAUGGAGCGCGCAACGAGGCUUUUCCUGGCGCUGGAUGUCCUAUGCCUCGUGGUUGGUAAGGAAAACUCGCCCCCCCCCCAAAAUAACCACACUACUAGCCCCCACUUCGCUGUCCCCUGUUUUGUCUGUGUUUGAACCUCCUCCCCAAAUUUAUCCGUCCCUUUACGCGCCUGGAAAUGGGGAAAGGGGGCAUCUCCUUGGGACCCCCCCCCACUCAAAGCUGCCCAUCUAAGACUAAGCAGCCUGGCCCAAGUCGCCUCCAUCUCCCCCCCCCCAAAAAAAAAAUUCACCAACGAGGAAACGGGUGCGCGCGCCCCAUUUUCGCCCAGCUAAACUAACCAGGACACCCGCAAAAAUUGUGAAUAACAGGCGUGGCUUUUGCAAAUUCCUCCCCCCCCCCCGCAAAAAAACCCCACACUUUAUGGGGAGGUCUUCUAGGGAUCGCUCCUAAGUCCGCUCUCCUCCAACUGCUUUUGCUGAACGGCCCCCGCCCCGAAAAAAAAUCUGGGAUAUUUGCCUAACUUGAGACACUCUGGGUUUUAAAUGGGGAGGGGGGCUCUGAGUUAACUUCCUUUUCCCAGGACCCCCACCCUAUAGAAACACAUGUGGGUAGUCUGCUACUCUAGUUAAGCAUGUCUGUGCCUCUAAAAAAAUAAUUAACCCCCCAAUUCAGAUCCCCAGCAAGGAAUGAUGAAAUCCAUUAUACAGUCAACUUCUUGGCUUUGGGGGGGUGCACACGCCCCAUAUUUUCCUAAUUUGGUCUCCUUUUGUUGCAAGUUCUAAGUCAUCUUCUCAUUUGCUACCGCAAAGGGGGGGUGUGUGGAAUGGCCCUGAGGUUUUAUUGACACCAUCUGGGGGUGGAGAAGGGGGUGAAGGACCACUCCCUGCCCCCCUCCCAGUGCAAAGAAACGUUGGCUUGGUUUGCAUGCCAGCUCAUCUGAAUUCCUCCUUUGAUUCCUCUGUGACGGAUUGCCGCCGCCCCCAUAAAACCCACGACGGCGGGAAGCUUCGAACCCAGCGCCGCUGUAGAAAUCAGCCUAGACUGCAUGACUCCACAAUUCUGCGAUUCUGAGGUUUUGAUCUGUCUCUUGUUUCAAGAAAUGCCCUUCCCGCUGUCUGUCGAAUGCCUAGGGUCUUAAUUCUGCGAUUUGUAACGACAACCCUAAAAGGCGAACCAGGGAGCCGUUUUCUAUUGCUACCGUUUUUUUGUGGGGGUGGGUGCUGAGGCUGAUGAUGGAAUGGGUGGCUGGAAGGAGAUCUGGAUUCAAAUCGGUUUGACCCACGGCUGUUCCGUUCUUUGCACAGAAUUAUAAUAUCCUUCCUGCCGACUGAAUGGUCCUUGGGGCAGGUUAUGAUAAAGGUAAAGGUAAAGGGACCCCUGACCAUUAGGUCCAGUCGUGGCCGACUCUGGGGUUGCGGCGCUCAUCUCGCUUUAUUGGCCGAGGGAGCCGGCGUACAGCUUCCAGGUCAUGUGGCCAGCAGGACUAAGCUGCUUCUGGCGAACCAGAGCAGCGCACGGAAACGCCGUUUACCUUCCCGCUGGAGCGGUACCUAUUUAUCUACUUGCACUUUGAUGUGCUUUCGAACUGCUAGGUUGGCAGGAGCAGGGACCGAGCAACGGGAGCUCACCCCGUCACUGCGGGGAUUCGAACCGCCGACCUUCUGAUCGGCAAGUCCUAGGCUCUGUGGUUUAACCCACAGCGCCACCCGCAUCCCUUCAGGUUAUGAUAGUUUGCAGUAAAACUCACAUACAUAAGACCCCAGAACCACUCGGUCCAGCAGCCUUUAGCUCCCCUGGCCAGUGGUGUGGUGCAGUCUUGGUGCAAGUGGGAAGAGAUUAACGCAAGAUUCUAGUCCUCAUCGUUUCCAAACAGAGGUCUGGUUUGCAUCAGAACCUGCCUUCUGUCAAGUCAGGCCGUUGUUCAAUCUAGCCUGGCGUUUCCAACCCAGACUGGCAGCAGCACACCAGGGUUUUUCAUGCAAUCAUAAAAAAACUAUAGAGUCGGAAAGGGACCCUGCGGGUCAUCUAGCCCAACCCCAGAAACUUUUUUCUCCACAUGGGGCGCGCACCCACCCCCGAGCAAAUCGUGCUCUGCCCACAGAGCUGGUCUUGCUAGCUAGGGACAAGGGGAGUUGUGAUCCAGCAGCAGUUUGGGAGGUGUUGCAUUAAAAGGGAAAGCAAGGUUUUAGUCCUCAUGUUGGCUGAUUUAAAGAGGAACUUGGUAAACGCCCUCUUAUUGAGACAGGCACUGACCGGCAGCAUGCACAGAUCUUUGUGCAUGGAGUGUGCUGCUUGCUUUCUGGAGCUGGCUUUCCCCCAGGGCCUUGCAGCGGGUUGGGAUGGAUGACCGCAUGGUGUCCCUUUACGAUUCUAGCACAGAGCAGUGGGUGAAGGCGAAGAGGUGGGGAACGUGAGCCCGGCCUGGCCAGCAACAUUGCAUUCUGCUCCCUGCCCUCUGGCCAGGAAGGGGGUCAGGUCUGUCUUCACUUUGAGAUUCCUGGAGGUGACUUUUUGGCUGCCGGCGGUGGCCAAACCGCCCUGCCCUUCGCUUCCAUAUUUGCCUGUCAAGGUUCAUUACCAGACCUUUAAACCGAUGUUGAACGAGAGCCGUGGAGCAAAUGAGAAGCCCAGAACGAGCUCUGCUGGAUCAAUCGUUGGACUGGUCAUGUUGUGUGGAUGCCUGACUAAUAAUAAUAAUUUAUUAUUAUACCCCGCCCAUCUGGCUGGGCUUCCCAGCCACUCUGGGCGGCUUCCCAUAAAAUAUUAAAAUACAGGACAGCCUCAAACAUUAAAAGCUUCCCUGAACAGGGCUGCCUUCAGAUGUCUUCUAAAAGUCUGGUAGUAGUUGUUCUCUUUGACAUCUGGUGGGAGGGCGUUCCACAGGGCAGGUGCCACCACAGAGAAGGCCCUCUGCCUGGUUCCCUGUAGCUUUGCUUCUCACAGUGAGGGAACCACCAGAAGGCCCUCAGCGCUGGACCUCAGUGUCCGGGCUGAACGAUGGGGGUGGAGACGCUCCUUCAGGUAUACUGGGCCGAGGCCGUUUAGGGCUUUAAAGGUCAGCACCAACACUUUGAAUUGUGCUUGAAAACAUACUUACCGUACUUACCAUCUUCCAAAGCAGCUACUCUAUUCCGAACUUAAAAAUGGAAAGCACAGUGCUGGCGGUCAACAAAAGAGGUUCAAAGACUCUCAAGGCAAAUGUAAAAAAAAUGUAGUACAGUGGACACUCGGGUUGCGAACGUGAUCCGUGCGGGAGGCACAUUCGCAACCCGCAGUGUUCACAACCCGCAGCGCCGCGUCUGCGCAUGCACAGGUUGCGAUUUGGUGCUUCUGCGCAUGCGCAAAGCGCGAUCGCCGAAAGCCGGAAGUAAACCAUUCCGGUACUUCCUGGUUUCGGUGCGUCCGUAACCUGAAAGGUAAAGGAACCCCUGACCAUUAGGUCCAGUCGUGACCAACUCUAGGGCUGCGGUGCUCAUCUCGCUUUAUUGGCCAAGGGAGCCGUCGUACAGAUUCCGGGUCAUGUGGCCAGCAUGACUAAGCCACUUCUGGCGAACCAGAGCAGCGUACGGAAACGCCGUUUACCUUCCUGCUGGAGCGGUACCUAUUUAUGUACUUGAACCUUGCUGUGCUUUUGAACUGCUAGGUGGGCAGGGGCAGGGACCGAGCAAUGGGAGCUCACCCCGUCGCAGGGAUUCGAACUGCCAAUCUUCUGAUCGGCAAGUCCUAGGGCUCUGUGGUUUAAAUCACAGCGCCACCCGUGUCCCUGUAACCCAAGGUAUGACUGUAUAAACACCGAGAACUGGGAAACACUGGCCUGCGAGCGCUCCAGUUGGAGAACAGCCUUUACCAAAGGUGUCGUGGGCUUUGAAGACACUCGAACUCAGGAUGCAAGGGAGAAACAUGCUAAGAGGAAGGCACGCUUGGCAAAUCCACACCGUGAUCAACUCCUGCCCGGAAACCAAUGUCCCCACUGUGGAAGGACGUGUGGAUCCAGAAUUGGCCUCCACAGUCACUUACAGACCCACUGUUAAAACCAUGUUUAUGGAAGACAAUCUUACUCGGCUACAAGUGAUCGCCAAAGGGGAAGAAGAAUCGUUUUUGAGUUGGACGGGACCCUGGGGGUCAUCCAGUCCAAGCCCUUGCGAUACAGGAAUCUCGGCUAAAGCAUCCACAACAGAUGGCCCUCCAAGCUCUGCUGGAAAACCUCCAAGGAAGGAGAGUUUCACAGCACCCAACAUGAUGCCUUUAGGAAACCCGCAAUCAGGAUUUGAACACAACUCUCCCUUCCCGGAAUUUCCAGCGGGUGGCGUUCAGAAGCAUUGCUGUCUCUGACCCUGGAGGCAGACCAUAGUCACCCUGGCUAGUCGCCAUCGAUAGCCCUCUCCUACCCACUGUUUGUCCAAUCCUAUUUUGAAGCCAGGCCAUUGUUGUCUCCAGUGGCGGUGAGUUCCGUAGUUGAACUAUGCGACGUCUCCCAUUCCCAGCAAGGCUCAUGAAUUUGAACCCCAGGACUGAAGCGAAUUGACUCUGAUUGUUCGUCUGGGACUCCAGAUUUUGCAGGUGAAUCAUUCUGAAGGAAAUCAGUCCUGAGCGCUCACUGGAAGGACAGAUCCUGAAGCUGAGGCGCCAAUACUUUGGUCACCCCAUGAGAAGAGAAGACUCCCUGGAAAAGACCCUGAUGUUGGGAAAGAUGGAGGGCACAAGGUGAAGGGGACGACAGAGGACGAGAUGGUGGGACAGUGUUCUCGAAGCUGCCAGCAUGAGUUUGACCCAACUGUGGGAGGCAGUGGAAGACAGGAGUGCCUGGCGUGCUCUGGUUCAGGGGGUCACAAAGAGGCGGACACGACUAAAUGACUAAACAACAAAUCAGAAGGAACUGUCAAUGUGCGUUAUUCCGGAUAUACAGAUAAACUGGUUCUUAGGGGAGAGAGAGAGAGACUUGCCCAAAGCCAUUCAGUAGCAGGAUUCGAAUGUAGGGCUCCUCCCCCUCCAUUAGAAUACAGUGGUACCUCUAGAUGCGAACGGGAUCCGUUCUGGAGCCCUGUUCGCAUCUAGAAGCAAACUUAACUAGCGACGGCACGUCUGCACAUGCGCACGUCGCUUUUUGCCGCUUCUGCGCAUGCGCGCGACGUCAUUUUGAGCGUCUGCGCAUGCGCAAGCGGCGAAACCCAGAAGUAACGCGCUCCGUUACUUCCGGGUUGCCGCGGAGCGCAACUCGAAUGCGCUCGUCCCGAAGCACAUUCAACCCGAAGUAUGACUGUAAUAAAAUCCUAGAAUUAUAAAGUUGGAAAGGUACCCUGAGAGUCUGUAAUCCAACCCCCUGCAAGGCAGGAAUCUUUUGCCCAACGUGGGACUCGAACUCACGACCCAUGAUGAAGAGUCUCAAAUUAAUCUGGAACAGUUGUUGUUAUUAUUAUUAUUAUUAUUAUUAUUAUUAUUAUUAUUAUUAUUAUUUUAAAUGCACGUUAUACUAUAGAAUACAGAGGGAGAUGAGGAGCGAUUUUUUUUAAAUAAUAUUUUUUAUUGAUUUUAACAUACAAAUUAUAAUACAUACCACAAAAGCUCAUCACUUAUGUAAUCUUUUUCUUUUUUCUUUUUUGGGACUUCCAUCAGCACCUCUGAUGAUCCACCGUUUUGACCACCUCUUAUGCAUUUCUUAAAUUCAUAUUGCCUUUAAUUAUAUUAACUAACCACCCUCCCCCUUAUCCAUUUUUGCAAGAAUUCCAAUAAUACUCCUCACAAAACUUCUUGCAAACCUACAAACGAGGAGCGAUCCUAGUGGCAGGGAGUUCCCCUGCCUCGCCUCCCCCUGCUAUUCUGCAGACCUCUUUUUUUUUCCUUUUCCUUUUGGUUACAACAAGGCCCCUCCCUCUUCACCCAAGCGUUCAGAAAUUGCUCCCUUAUUUUCCCCCAAAGGCCCUGUUUUGCUAUCCAAAUGACAGGCCCUCAACCACUUCGGUUUGCCAUGAGAAGGAAAUGAUGAUAGGGACCGGCUGCAGCGGGAGAGAGAGACGACCUUCGGCCCUGUGGGAAGACGACAAUCAGCCCCUGAGUACUUUUGCCCUCGGGGGGAAAAUCUGUGCUUGUUUAUUGCCAUUUUUAAAAAAUAAAGUGCAAACCCAAAGGCUCCUUCUCGAAAGGUGGCGGUUAUCAAAUGUCAACAUUAAGAUGUUUGGCUGCAGAAAUCACCCAAAUAUUGCUUAUUCCCCCAAAAAUUGUGUGUCGUGUGGAAACUUGGCACACCGAGAAACCAAGUUAUUCUAUCCUUUCAUCCAACCCACUGAGAGAUUUGUGUUCCUUAACUUUUUGGGGAGUCAAGCCUGUAUUUUAUUAAAGAUAUUUGGGAGGAAAAGGAAGGCAAAGCAGAUUAGCUAAGCAGGAACCAUGCAGUUAAAUACAUAUCCCUAUGAAACGUAACUGCAUACCAGGGAAUGCUGAGAAGAGUGACUGGUGACUGGAUCAGGCCCAAUGGUCUGUCUAGUCUUGCGGUCGACAACCAGUGGGAUGCCGGCUUAGCAGGAUCUGAGUGUGAGAGAGCCAACUGUGUUUUGCAGGAACUUGCAUUCAGAUACAUCGCGGUGACCUGCUAGGAAAGCUGUCAUGGUCAGUAGCCUUCUCCUUCUCCUCAAAUAUGCCCAAUCCUCUAUCGAAAACCAUCUAAAUUCGCAGCUGCUUCCUGUGGCAGGCAGUUCCGAGGUUCAACUACACCCUGCAUGAAAAAGUCCUGUCUUUUUAUCUUGCUGAAUCUCUCAGCAUUCCGCUUUGCUGGAUUUCUGCAAGUCGUGAGUUCUUCUCUCUCUGUGCCGUUUAUCAUUUAAUACACUUCUAUCCUGUUGAUCUUCACCUUUUCCUCUAAACUAAAAAGUCCUUGCAGGGGGAGCUGCAUUUUCCCUAGUUUAGGGAAGCUUUCAAUGUUUGAUGCAUUACUGUAUUUUAAUAUUUUGUUGGAAGCCGCCCAGAGUGGCUGGGGAAGCCCAGCCAGAUAGAUGGGAUAUAAAUUGUUGUUGUUGAGUCGUUUAGUCGUGUCCGACUCUUUGUGACCCCCUGGACCAGAGCACGCCAGGCCCUCCUGUCUUCCACUGCCUCCCACAGUUUGGUCAAACUCAUGCUGGUCACUUCGAGAACACUGUCCCACCAUCUCAUCCUCUGUCGUCCCCUUCUCCUUGUGCCCUCCAUCUUUCCCAACAUCAGGGUCUUUUCCAGGGAGUCUUCUCUUCUCCUGAGGUGGCCAAAGUCUUGGAGCCUCAGCUUCAGGACCUGUCCUUCCAGUGAGCACUCAGGGCUGGUUUCCUUCAGAAUGGAGAGGUUGGAUCUUCUUGCAGUCCAUGGGACUCUCAAGAGUCUCCUCCAGCACCAGAAUUCAAAAGCAUCCAUUCUUCGGCGAUCAGCCUUCUUUAUGGUCCAGCUCUCACUUCCAUACAUCACUACUGGGAAAACCAUAGCUUGAACUAGACGGACCUUUGUUGGCAAGGUGAUGUCUCUGCAUUUUAAGAUGCUGUCAUUGCUUUUCUCCCAAGAAGCAGGCGUCUUUUAAUUCCAUGACUGCUGUCACCAUCUGCAGUGAUCAUGGAGCCCAAGAAAGUGAAAUCUCUCACUGCCUCCAUUUCUCCCCCUUCUAUUUGCCAGGAGGUGACCAGGGUUAGAUUCCUCCAUAUAGUUUUUGCGUGGGUGGCUGUCUAAGGAAGCAUAUCUCUACCUCCAUCAUCUAGCCCAGACACUGAGGUCCAGUUCCGAGAGCCUUCUGGCAGUUCCCUCCCUGUGAGAAGUGAGGUUACAGGGAACCAGGCAGAGGGCCUUCUCGGUGGUGGCGCCCGCCUUGUAGAACGCCCUCCCAUCAGAUGUCAAAGAGAUAAACAACUACCUGACAUUUAGAAGACAUCUGACGGCAGCCCUGUUUAGGGAAGUUUUAAAUGUUUGAUGUUAAACAUUUCCCACCGGAGCUGUACCUAUUUAUCUACUUGCACUUUGACGUGCUUUCGAACUGCUAGGUUGUCGUGACGAAGAUGCAAAAGGGGAAUCAUCCUAAAAGCCUCCGCAACCCAAAUCUUUGGGAAGACGGGAAGAGGCAAAUGCCACGAACAGGGAACAGGAACGAGCCGAUCACUUUAAGGAAGUAUUUUUAAUUGCCGGCUAAAAGAUACUCCAGAUUCUGCCGGCAAAGGGUUCGAUUUUUUUUAAGUGUGAACACCCGUAAAGGUUGGAGACGCAUGCUUACAAUCUUUGAAGAUGUCUGCCCCUUCACCUAAGCCUCUGCAAAAUAUGCUGUAAAUGUGAGAAAGGAUAGACAGAUAGAUAAAAACGUUGCACAUUUGAUGAUUUAACAAAAUCUGUAUGGUUCUCUAAGGCAGGGGACCCAACCCUAUAUCACAGAGGGACAACUUUGACGCGAACAUGCGUGAGGGCCAACCAUAGACGUUGUUGAGCUUUUUUAUGGAUUUUCCCCCAGGACAAGUGGGACGCGGGUAGCGCUGUGGGUUAAACCACAGAGCCUAGGACUUGCCAAUCGGAUGGUCGACGGUUCGAAUCCCCGCGACGGGGUGAGCUCCCAUUGCUCGGUCCCUGCUCCUGCCAACCUAGCAGUUCAAAAGCACCUCAAAGUGCAAGUAGAUAAAUAGGUACCGCUCCAGCGGGAAGGUAAAAGGCAUUUCUGUGCGCUGCUCUGGUUCGCCAGAAGCGGCUUAGUCCUGCUGGCCACAUGACCUGGAAGCUGUACGCCGGCUCCCUUGGCCAAUAAAGCGAGAUGAGCGCCGCAACCCCAGAGUCGGUCACGAAUGGACCUAAUGGUCAGGGGUCCCUUUACCUUUACCCCAGGACAUAUACUGCCACAGGGGCCAGAUUAAAUCGACCGGCGGGACGGAUUAGGCCCCCGAAACGGACUUUGGACAUGCCUGCUCUAUGGUGAGGGAGCAACUAUCCAAUGAGGAAAGGCUACUGAAUUGGGGGCAUAGCUGUCAACUGUUCCCUUUUUUAAAGGGAAAUUCCCUUAUUCCGAAUAGGAUUAAGAAAAGGGGAAAGUUGACAGCUAUGAUUGGGGGUGCUUUUUCGUUUAGAGAAAAGUCGAGCGAGAGGCAACGUGAUAGAAGGCUGCAAAAUUACCGUAUUUUUCCAUCUAUAAGACGCACCAGACCACAAGACACACCUAGUUUUUGGAGGAGUGAAACAAGGGAAAAAAUAUUUUGAAUCUCAGAAGCCAGAACAGCAAGAGGGAUUGCUGCGCAGUGAAAGCAGCAAUCCCUCUUGCUGUUCUGGCUUCUGGGAUAGCUGCGCAGCCUGCAUUCACCCCAUAAGACGCACACACCGUUCCCCUUACUUUUGAGGGAAAAAGUAGUCUUAUAGAGCAAAAAAUACGGUAUACGCAUCAACGGAGGAAGGGUUUUCCUGCAUCUCGUGAGCACCCAGAGAAGCCGAAUGUCGGGCGGUUCGGGACAGAUAAACUUCUUUCUGACGCGGAUAGUUUGAACAGUGGAACUCCCUGCUGCAGGAGGCCCGCCAACUUCAAAAGAGGAUUAGACCAAUUCGCUGUGCUCUGCCUCCACCGAUGAAGACGUUUCUGAAUACCGGUUGCGGGAAACUGCAGGGAGGGAGAGCAGUGGCGUAGCGCGGUUUGCUGUGUCCCGGGGCACGUAAUGGCGCUACAUCAGCCCAGGCCUCGCUGCCGAAGCGCCCUCCCUCGCACUGUGAGCUCGGCCGGCCAGUGCAGCCCUCAGAUCAUCUCUCGCAAAGCAGCUGGUGUCUGGCAGGGCGGCGUGAGGAGCCAAAUGUGCACACGAAAAAUGUGCCCGGGGCCCGGCAACCCGCCCUCCACGCUAUGCCCCUAGGGGAGCGUGUGCUUUUGCGCUCGGAACCCACUUGCAGGUUUCUCGCCUGCAUUGCGAGAACAGGAGUUUGGGCCAGCUGGGCCUGAUCCUGCAUGCACUUCCUGAGUUAAGAGGCUGGCUCAGAGUCUCUGGAACGGAUUAAAAGAUCCGGAUUCGAGAGAGAGAGAGAGCUCUGCCCGUCCACCGAUCCUUGUUCGCUCUGCACCGGGGUGUGGUUUUCUACCUGAGAAGGCUUGGCGUGGGCUGCCUUUGAAACUCGCUUGCGGCUUUGGCGAGAACUUUGGCUGGGCAGGUACGGAAUGCAGAAAAUCCACCUGGAUUGAGCAACUUUCUCUUCGGCUGUUUUAUCUUGAGCCUAGCCCAAGCACUUUUGCUUUUGCACGCACCGCACUCUGAAAGCCAUGGGUGGGCAAACUAAGGUCUGCGGGGCUGGAUUUUCGUGGCUUACUCGGGGUUUGAACCCGAGUUCUCACAGUCUUUUUUUAUAUUUAUAUAUAUAUAUAAUUUUUAUUAAGUUUUCUAAAUUUCAUUGCAUAUCAAAAAUAAAGAAAAUAAAAUCCAUAACUUUUUUUAUUCAAAAUUAUAACAAGACAUAUUAUCCAAAAACAUAUCAUCCUUGUCCCCCCCCAAUUUUUCCUCCUCCCCCCCGCCCACGCAAAACCCAUCCACCUCCACCCCCCGACUUCCCUCAGUUCCAGUCUUUGGUUUCUCUAAGAAUGCUGUUUUCUGCAUGUUACAAAGUUGUAUAGAUCCUCAAACUAUUUAGCUGAAUAAAAAGUUUGUGAAUGUUUAUUCAAAACCUGCCAAGCAGUUCGCUUUGUUGCGUCUUCAGAUACUUUGUAAAGGGUUCCCAUUCAUCCUUAAAGUCACAGUUAUCCUUGUCCUGUAGCUUGUAUGUCAGUUUUGCCAGUUCUGCAUAGUCCGUCAAUUUUUCUUGCCAUGAUUCUUUAGUUGGGGUUUCUUCAGUCUUCCAUCCUUGUGCUGCCAGAACUCUCACGGCCGUUGUCACAUACAUGAAGAUGUUUUUCAACUUUUUUGGCAGGUCUUUCCCUACAAUCCCCAACAAAAAUGCCUCGGGUUUUUAACAAAUGUUAAAUGGAACAUUUUCUUCAAUUUGUUGUAUAUCAUUUCCCAAAACUUAAAGCAUUGCUUAAAUAAAGCAUCAACUUCCUUCCCUCCCUCUGACAGACUUCCACACACCAUUACCAAUUUCUUCGCAUACCUAUAUCCACUUUUUUUACCCUAUGUCAGUCUUUUAGCAAUCACCUUCUUCUGUGUAAAUCAGUUCCUUAAAUUCCCAAUACCAAACAUUUCAAUUAAAACCUACGAGCGUUUUCAAUUGUUUACAAUUUUCUUUCAUAUAAAGUAAAAAUUUUGGAACUGUUCCAAAAAAGUACUUAAAUACCAUUUUCAAUUCAUUAUAUAUAAUAUCCCAGAAGGCUUUGAUCUUAGAGCAAGUCCACCACAUAUGCAUAAAAUUCCCCUCCUUCUCCUUACAUUUCCAGCAGGCUUUAUCCUGGUUCUAGUUCUCCCAGUCUCAAUCCCAGCAGUGUUUCGACCAACCUUCAUGAGAUCAGUUCUCUUUGAGGCUGUCUUUGCUUUGAUUAUAUUUACCUGGUUUGGUUAUUAUAUCCAACAGAGGUCACCGAAGGAGACCACCUCCACGCCCAUUUUACAGGUGGGGAAAGUUGAGGCCAACCUGCUGGCCUUGGAGACAGGGGCGAAUUGUGAGGCUAUGCUCUUUCGGACGGCGGCAUCACGGGGAGGAAAGUUUGCCCGGGCCGGAUUACUGCAAUGCGCUCUUUGUGGGGCUGCCCUUGAAGACGACUCCGAAACUCAAUUUGGGUACCAAAUGCAGCGGCUGGUUCCAUUCAGACCCCUUUGGGUGCUGAGAUUGGCAGAGUGAGGCCCUCUUGGUAGUUCCUCCACCCUCAGAUGCUCAGGGGGUGGCCGGGUGUGUGUGCACGAGGGUCUUAUCGGUGGCAGCCCCUAAUCUGUGGUUCUUCCUCCCCGCAGAGGUGCAUCAAGGCACCUUCAUUUUUGAGCUUUCGAGGAAAGAUGGAGACGCACCUUUGACACUUUUUCAGACCCAUUUUAUUUUUUGGCUGUUAAGUUGCUUUACCAGUGGUGUCCAAACUUUUUCAAAGAGGGCCAGAUUUGAUGAAGUGGAGGGCCGUGAGGGCCGACGAAAGCUGUUGAGGUUUUUUAGGAUUUUACCCCAGAAAUAAACUGCCACAGGGCCGAAUUAAACUGACCGGCGGGCCAGAUUAGACACCCGAAACGGACUUUGGACGUGCCUGCUUUCAACUGCUUUCAACGUGGUGCUUUGAUCGCCGUAACCUUCAUUGGGGGCGAAGGGUCGAUAAUAAAUAAACAAACAAGCCUUCUUGUACAGGAGUAGUGUAUCUCUGAACGUCAGGUGCUGUCAUCUAAGAAGACCUCCUUCAUGUUCAGCUGGCAAACUUGACCAGAGAAUGGUGGAGAAUGGCACAUUGCGCUGCUAUCCAACUCCUCGAAAGAUUCCAUCAACGGCG